UUCUGUAAAAAUGUUCUUUUGAAACAGUCUCUUUUCUCGGUAUGUCUUCCUCUUCUGCAUACACCGUAAAAAAAGAAAGAUAAAAAUGUUUUCUGUAGUAAAUUUUCCUGACGAAGAAAGUUGUGAAGUGAUACCAACUUCCUCUCUGGUUAACUGAUGGAAAUCAUAAAACAUUCUAUCCUCAAUAUAAAGGAACUCGAUUUUGGAAGGCAGUUACAACUUUCGAAACACCAAAAUCAUGUUGGAAAACACAUUCAUGUCGAGUUUUGUAUCAAACAAAUCUCUUAACAAAAGCUAAAUCAAAAAGAGAUGGAUAUCAGUAUUUAGAUACUGAUGAAAUUCAAACAGGCACGGAGGUAAUCGAAAACCAAAUAAAUAAAAGAAAACGCUUUCCAAAUCAGCGUUAUGCAUCCAAAUCUGCAUCUGAAAUAUCAUCUGAUGAAGCAUCUUUAUCCAGUGAAAAUGAUAAGAUACAUAGAAAUCGAAAUUUUAUUUCAAAGAACAAGUUUCAAUGUCGAAAAAAAGCAAACCUUUACCUGAACCAGAACCUAUUAAGUUACCGACUAGUAAUGAUAAUAUCCAAAAUAUCGAUAAAGAAAUGAGUUCGCAUUCUUCUGUACUUAAGACAGCGGCAAGAGUAGCAACAACGUCACAACCGCGAGCAAAUACAAGUUUAUCUGAAGGUCAAAUCACGAAAUUUGUUAUUACAUUUGAAGAUUUUAAGUAUGACAUAGGCAGUAUAAAAAAAGACAUCAAAUGUAUAAAAAACAAACUGUUCAGUGACAAUGUUACAGAAAAAAAGUUACCUGAGGAAACAGAGACUCUUAUACCUGCCUUAUCACUGAGAAAUCUUUCAACUUUCAAUGAACUUCUGAAACAAAAAUUUGUCUUUGCACUUUACGUAAAUCAUUUUCGCCGCCUUGGAGGAACUUCGCAAGCGGAUCGCACACGGAGAAUUCUCAGAAGGAUUGUUCAUAAUGAAUUAGCAAAAAAAUUAAACUGGGCAGGAAGAGGAGCCAAAACAAGCCUUCAAUCUUUUGAUGCCGUAUGCCAACUCAUUCUUAGAUCCGCAAGCACUAAUCAAGAAACCUCUUAUAAGAUAACCGAAGAAACAAUUAAAUCUUGGUUACGUUAUGCAAUGGAUCGAGAUGGUGGUCGAAACAGGAAGAAGGAAACUAUAAAUAACAAUCAGACUGAUGAAUCACAAUCAGAAAAUUACACGAGUUAAGAAUUAAAUUUUUUUAUGCUUUCUCUUUCCAUGGAAAAUUUCCAACUUUUUCAUUUAAUUUUAGAUUUGCCAUAAAGUAAAUCAUGGAAAAUGAUUGCUUUUUACAGAUAUUAUAUUACUUUAUUUUAAAUUACUUUAUAUUAAGUUACUUUCAGGACAUCAAUAUGAUUUUUU